UCUUGCAUGCUCCCUUAAUUUUAGGACAUGUCAUCUCUUGAUUAAAUGAGUUUCGUAUGGAGUAUCAGCUUCCGUUUUGGAUUUUGUUCCUCUUUAACCCUAGGCCUUGUCCUAGUGGUCCGUGCUCUCACGUUUGAGUUUUGUUUCAGGUUAGAAGCACAUGUGCUUAGGCUUGAUGAUGCUUAUCCAAUGGGAAUUGACUGUUUGUUUGUGUAUGACUAAUUUGAAUUUGUUUUGUAGGGUUGACCUUUGAGUAUGAGCUUAUGGCUUGCACCUUCGUGCAUUGUGAUUAUGUCUGAUUGUACAACUUAACUAUUGACUUUUGCUGUUUACUGUUGUUUGUCUGUAUACUGAUCAUGCUAGAUUGAUUUCAGGUACCAUAGUUGCUUAUAGUUCUUUUAAGAACUUGCUUGCUGCUGCUUGGUUGUGUAAACCAAUUGAGGUUUCAGUAUUCAACCGGUACGCAUAGCUCGUCUGCUCAGACAUCCUGCUAGGGGCAACAAAUCCGAGCUGAUGGAUCCUCCCAACGCCGAUAUCCUCGAACUGAAAGAGAUGGUGAGAGAUUUGUUCGGUAUUGUGCAAGGGCUUGCCCUGGGGCAGAAAGCCAUGGCCGAGAGAUUGGAAAGGAUUGAGGGCUGGAUGAUCAAGGAGAAAGUUCAGGGGAAAGCUCCAUCAUCCGAAGUGACAAAUCCCUCUGACUCUGUAGUGAAGAAACUCUCUGGCAGUGGCCUGCUCGAGAAAAAGGUUGACUUAAGUGGUGUGCCAGCAAAGAAAGAACGCAGUAAGGAUCGUUAUCAUCCUUAUGCUGCUGUUGUAACCGCUCCUGUUGGUAAUCCACCUGUACCACAGCAACAACCACCACCUCAACAGAAAGCACUGAGAGCUAGGAGCCAAGUGAAGAAGAAAAAGGAAGAGCGUCAGUUCGAGGAACCACCUGUGACCUACACCCUUUUGUUCAGGAGAUUGAGGGAUUUGGGGUUAGUCCGGCCAAGGAUUUUGAUUCCCGUAGCACAACAGAAGAGGCCUGCACACUAUGAUGAGAAUGCCAGGUGCGAGUUCCAUUCUGAGGCACCCGGGCACAAUGUUGAGGGUUGUAGGGCUUUCAAGCAUGUCGUCCAGGACAUGGUGGACUCUAAAGUUAUCAGCUUGGCACAGAUCAUGGAUGGGGAUGUCAACCCUGUACCCAGGAAGGGUCCUGUAAAGAUGAAGAUGGUGAAAAAGGUCAAGAAAGGAAUGGGGAUGACUGAGGAAGAUCAGUUAAAGGGUCCGAUGCCUACGGCCCCAAAAACUCUGGUGCAGGAUGGAGCUUUCCCUGUUGUUGAUAUUUGUUGUGCGGCUGCCAUCACAGAGGGAUUGAUGAGGGACACGACCCAGAAGAUGGUGGAAAUGGACAGUGAAAAAUUUGAAACACCCGGUCAAGCAAUUGAAACCAUCAAGGUAGAGAAUGCUGUUGUUAUUGGGAAAGAGAAAAAGCUGUCCAUUUCUUCCUAUAAACAAGCUCUAGAGGUGGUGAAGAACAAAGAGGCCCGAGGUUGGGGAAGGAUCAUUGACAUAGUGGUGAAGGCAGACAUGUUCGGGAUUGGUUAUCCAGAUCAAGAGUCGUCUAGACCAAACAGAGGACGUCGUCCACCGUACAUCUUCGUCAGUGCAGGAAUGCUGAAUUCUGAUCAGGCUUGUUCAGUGAGUGGAGAGAUCGACCGCGACCGCGAGCUAGAGCUGUGGAUAAAGUCGUGCGUACCAGGCGACUGGAAGGCCUCCAAAAGCAUCACUGUUGCUCAUCCGGAAGAGUAGUUUUUCUGUGUUAAUUUUGUUUGCAUG